UUAUGAGGUGGCAAGUGUAGCUGGCUAUUUAGUCAGUCACCAACCGUUGCUCUAAGAACAUCAGUAUCGUGAGCGGUGGCGUCAGCAUUCUACGACAUGAUGAAGUGGCUUGGAUUCAGCCUGCUCUUGUUCGCGACAGUCGGUGCACAAAGCACCGGGAACCCUGACGAUGAGCUUAACAGCGCUAUGGUGAGCGUACGACAAAACUUUAAUCCCGGGCCCAGUUCAUCAUCAUCAUGUGUCACUCCUGCCGGCGAAACUGGUACAUGUGAUUCCCUGGGUAAAUGCCCUGUAUACUUGUCACUGGUCAGUCGGAUUCGACAGCCACACGUCAGCACCUUCUUCAGGAACCGAAUAUGCAGACUACUACCGAGGACAGUGCACGUGUGCUGUCCAAGUACCACGAACCCCGUCCUACCAGGAAGAACCAGUGUGCAAUCCACCAACCCACCACAGUUACCACCCAUCUUCCAAGAGGAUUGUGGUGUGUCCUUCGGUGAAAGAGUCGUCGGAGGCAAAGUAGUCACUAAACCAGGGAUAUGGCCUUGGCUGGCUGCCAUCGGCUUCAGGUUGGACAACGGCGGAUUCCGAUCCGAUUGUGGUGGCACCCUCAUCACCCGCCGCCACGUCCUCACUGCAGCUCACUGCUUCGAUGAGCCAGGCCAUCAAAACCCGGAGGACGUGCGGCUCGGGGAAUUCAGUCUCUCCACUGACAGACUCGAUGAAAACCCGCAGGAUUUUACGAUCAGUGAACGUCGUGGCAAUACCUAUAACCGCAGGACCAAGGAAAAUGACAUCAUGAUACUUGUGCUUGACCAUGAAGCCACGAUGAACACAUUUGUCGUACCAGCUUGUUUGCCCUUCACCGAAAAGAAUAACGACUUCGAGGGACAAAGCUUGACCAUUAUCGGCUGGGGCAAGACUUCGUUUACAAACCAAUUUCCCACGGACCUACCCAGGGAAGCAAAUGUGACAGUGUCGAACAGGAAUGCGUGUAGAGCAGCCUACCAGAGAGUCCUUGGCGAUCGUCCUGUAGUGGAUGGGAGGCAUCUAUGUGCUGGAGACGCCAACGUGGACUCUUGCAGCGGCGACAGCGGUGGACCCCUCAACUACAGACUUUCUAACGGCAAGUAUUCGGUGGUGGGCGUCAUAUCCUUCGGGGUGGGGUGUGCCAGACCAGAAUUCCCAGGAGUGUACACCAGAGUGAGCAGCUUCCUCGACUGGAUCUUGAAGAAUGUUCAGUAGUGUAGGAUACAUCAUAAAUGUUUCGUAGUAUAGGAUACAUCAUAAUUAAAAUUAUAUGGAUAACGGAACAUCACUCUAAUUAUACGUGUUAACUAUGAAAAUAAUUUCUCCGGGUUAUAAUUUUGGAGAAUUAGUCAGAGCAGGAAAACAUACGAGUAUAAAUUAUAAGGAAAUAUUCUGAAUUAGUCAGAGCAGGAAAACAUACAUAUACAAUUAUAAGGAAAUAUUCUGUAAGUGUUUUGUCUGAUGACGUAUUCGUGAAAAGGGCGUUUGUUAAGGACUACAAAAUAAGAAUAUGAAAAAUAAUGAGAACCUCAUUAGGAUGACACGAAGGGAAAUGCGAUAGUAAAGUAUAGAGAGGGGCCCCAGUAAUUGAGUUUGCUGUUAAGAUUAAGGAUGUAUUAGCAGUGGAAUGACAGGUGCUGUACUGAAGAAAUGAUUGUGUUCGAAUGCGAAGCAUUUAAGUAAUUGUUUGAUGUAUUUUUUUUAUUUACUAUGAACUUAUAAAUACAAGUUUUAGUUAAGCA